GCUAAAUUACUGAGUAUUACAGGCACUUUUACUUACAUUCUUACAUCAUGUAAGAUGGAAUUUCCUUUACGGAGCCAAUGGAAUUUGCACAAAGUUUGGUGGGAGUUACAUAAAGGGGGAACUCAGCUCAGAAGGCCAAAUUGUGCGAUUGAGCCAGUCGCAUUUAUACACGCAGUCGUAUAGGUUAUGUAACGAGAUUCUAUGCUAUUUUUUGAAUUUCAGCCUACCCAAAAAUGGCCUUCAAUAACCGUGCGUUUGAGGGUGACUCGUAUGGUCCAUCAGCUUAUAAGAACAGUCAUUUCCACCAGAAUUAUCCUCAAAGCGGAGUCGUAGGAGUGCAUGAUCCAGAUUACUUGACAAUGGUACCUGCACCUCUACCAUACGACAGACAAAAUAAUGCCGGUACAAAACAAUGGGAGAGCAAAAUUGGCAAACGAGGAAAUAAAGUCGUCGAUCAUACAUACGAAGAAAUACCUGCAAAUCAAAAUCCCGCAAUUUACCAGUCACGGUUCAGUGAUACGUCAUAUCGGCGAGAGUCACAAGGUGAUCGUCAACGCGGGUAUGGUAACAUCAGUCAGAUGAGACAAUUUGAAGUGCCUCCUCCCCCACCUUAUCAAACUAAAACCUAUGGAGAUCCUUCUUUUGUUCAACUUCCUCAUUCACCUUCUUCUGCUUCACUGCUCAGUCGUGUUAAUCCCCGCUCAAGGAGUUGCAAAAUAACAAUGGUUGUAUUGUUAUGCCUUGCUUUAUUGGUUGCUGGUGUUAUCAUUGGUUUGUUUGUUUCUGGCGCUCUGAAUCACAUGUCAGACAAUGAGGAGCAUUCCACAACAAUGAGGUCUUUAACAACAACGGCGCCUUCCACGGCUUCUUCAGAAUUACCGGGGCCUUCUUCAUCAGAUUCAGGCCUUUCACCAUCGACCUCGUCGCCCUCAGUAUCAACUGUGACAAUGACUACAGAGUCAACAAAAGAUUCUUCAACUGAAUCACCUCCAGGUUCGGGUGAAGUUAUAUAUGGACAAUGGACAAACUGGGUACAAUGGUCCGACUGCUCUAGUACAUGUGGACAAGGAGUACGGAACAGAACAAGAGUGUGUAAAAAGUCCUCCCCUACAGAUCUAGAUUGCCCCGGGAAUAAAGAGGAUCUUGGAAUGUGCAAUCUUGGAAAUUGCCCGAAUUGUUCCAUGGAAUGUAGCGGAAGCUUCAUCCAAGAUGAUUGCUUGGCGUGUCACUGUCCAUUCAAUGACCCCAGAACAAUUCGCAUUCUAAACACCAAGAUGACACCACUAGAGGGAGCCACUAUAUCGAGACAAGAAGUUGGGUAUGAUAUCCUAGCCACAACGGAUAAGAAUGGCUCAGCAACUGUAAAAAACGCCUGCAUUGGCGAUAAGUAUGUCAUCAAAAAGGAACACUAUUUAGAUGCUACGGUUGAAAUUACAUCUGACCUGAAUUACGAAGUCGUCAUUACAACAAGGGCGCGUGUAAACAUGAAGCUUCACCCUCAGGAUGCGGUUGCUUUGUUGGGUGAUGAUUUGACUCUGUCCUGUUUUGCCUCCGGUACAACACCCUCCGAUACAUAUCAAUGGCUAAGAAAUGGUGUCCUAUUGGCCAAAAAGUCAAACAACAGCACAUUAGUUUUGAGGAAUGUCGGAAAACAAGAUGCUGGACAGUAUAGUUGCAUGGUUGAGUCAGCCUUCAGUGUAGCUAUGUCUAGACCUGCUCUUGUUAGAGUGAAAGAAAAUGGUUAUGAUUUCUGUGACCACCAGCCCAAAGAACACAUCAAACUGUUGCCAAACGAUUGCCCACAGGAUGGAUCACACAAAUACAAUGUGGGUCAAUGUGGAGGUAACUCUUGUGCGGGAGAAAAGACAGAAAGUGACGCAUCUUAUUGUUGUGGACCAAUUAAGCAAGACUCGAGGCAGAUAUCAUGCAAUGGUUAUAGCUUGGACAUAAGUGUCGUUCUUGAGUGUGGUUGUAUUGUUUGUAACCAAGUUAACACUUCAAAUGGGUUGAUUACUGAGCGAAAAGAAGUCACAUUUUCGGGAAGGGUGUUUGAUAUGUCUAACCCCACUGUUCCUUUCAGAGUUGGUGAGGUUCAUUUUUAUGAUGAAAAAGUGACCUCAUCAUUUUUUGGUUAUUUCCAGAUUAAAAUCCCAAGUGGUACAAAUCGUAUUGUUUUAAAUUUUAAGAACGACCUCGAACACCGUUUCCUCGAAGGAACAAAAGUUUUCAACAUUCCUUCCGAUUUUGCUGGUACGUUGUACAAAGAGAUUCCAUUGAUGACGAAAUCAAAAGCAACAGUGCUGAAUUUAUCAGCUAAAGAGGAAAACAGAAUUCCAUUGGCCAACUCAUCAGUGGAAAAUCGUCCAUUGGCCGAAGUCUUAAUUGCUCCAAAUACCUUCUACACAGACACAGGUGAUGCAUACCAUGGGAAUGUUACAGCUAGUGUACUCUUCAUUGAUCCAAGAGACUCAACCAGUUUUGAAAACAUAGUUGGUGAUUUAACUUACAUUGACAAUAAUGGUAAUGUCGGUGCUCUACAAACAUUUGGAAUGCUUAAUCUUGAUUUCAAAGAUGACAAGGGAAACCCAUUAGGUAUACAAGGGGAAGUCCAUAUGGCUAUUGAUGCUAACUUUAUCGGCGCACAACAUGGAGACACUAGUGUGAAACUUUGGUCAAUGAAUCCGACAUCUGGGAGAUGGGAGUUUGAGAGCAAUAUGAUAAGAGGAACAAAGGCUGACCCCCAUAAACGUGACCAAGCGAACUAUGACAGCACAUUUUUCAUUGGGAAUGUCGUCAUCACUGAUCGCUAUUGGUUCAACUUUGAUGAUGAUCAACUGAAUUACUGUUUUGUCAAGAUAAAGACAUUUAGUGACGCAACAUUGAGUAUGGAGCUUCCAUGGAGUGUCGAUAACGAGGCUACUGUUAUCGCCAUAGACCCGACUAAGACUGGACAAUGGGCUCAGGUAACAACGGGAAGUAUGUCAUAUGACUCCAAUACAGAUAUUUCAAGCAGGGACGAUUGUAUCAUGACCAUAUGUGGCAACGGCAGCUUUACUGGCUAUGUGAUGGUGAAUCACCCAGAUGGUCCAUUCAACGCAUCAACUGAUAUUGGUGGCAAGACUCCGCCGAACACGGUUGUCGAGAUCACCACAACUAGUCUUGGAAACGAUACAAACCAAGUGAACUAUGACCGUGUGAUCAACACAACUGUGAAACCACUAACAGAUAAUUAUGGACCAAUUUACCAUUUUCAGGAUGGUUAUUGUAGAGAUCAAAAUUCGUUUUUUUGUAAAAGCUGCUUUGAUGAUGAUUGGGUUAUACCUGACUGCCAGCCAUGCGAUUCUUGGUAUUGUUCGUACCCAGCUUCAAAGGCUUUCCACUACUGUGCUGCAAAUGUUUUACCUUCAUACUAUGUUUUUCAUCAAGAACUGGCCAACUAUGAGUAUACUGUUUGCGAGGAGAUUCUUCAGUGCAUUACUACCCCAGAGUUCGUCUGGUACCCUAAACAUGAGGCAAAAAUAUGGGCAUGGUACAUAAAGAUAAAAGUCGAAUAUGAAUUUGAGUCUGUUGUGCGAGCAGUUAGCGAGGGAGGAAAACAUAUAAAGACACAAGGUCACAUAUAUGGUAUACGUGAAGCCACUACCAGGGAGAAAACUACAUGCUUGGAGUUCAAAGGUAGUGGUGACAUAUAUGUCACUUCUCACGAUAAAGAGGAUGAAACACUUGUCAGUAUUGAUGUACAGGGAACUGAUUGCCAGAUUGAAAGCAUUCUUCCUGAUCUUCAAACCUACCAGGUGACUCCAUCAUCCGGUAUAUUUGGAUUCCAACUUCCAAGUCGUUAUACAAGUAGCGGGGAUUCAACAGGAAUUUAUUUCAGUUCUCACGACUAUAUUGAUAACGCAUCAAGGGAAGCAAAGGCCAGAUGUGAAUGUGGAGACAUUCAACUUGGGUCGCCUAUCUGCUCCGAAUAUAAUCCCAAUGCAGGCGUUGGACUGACAGUUAGGUGUAUGGCCAUCCCGUAAUAGAUGUUCCCAAUUUGGCCAUGGAAAAAUUUCAUAAUCCUAAGUAAAAUGAGAUGGACAACAAAUAAGAAUAUAAACUGAAGCUUGUAAACUGACAAAUGCUUUCCACUAAUCUUAUAUCUUAAAGUAUUUUCCUCAUUAAAAGUGAUUUUUAAAUGUAAUUGAAUUUUGUCAUUAUACUGCUACUUCAAGUGUAAAUGAACAAUAUGUUUUUUACAUCUUUGGCUUUUACGCUUUAUGUAUCAUCAAUAUGGUGUGUAUAUCCAAGUUUGUUUUACAACAGCAUAUUUGCUAUUUUUUGCU